AUGUAUCUCUCCCUCCGUCCGCGCGACGUCUACAAUUUCGACGAGACGGCUCUGUUUCUUUCGGUCUUGCCGCGCAAGACGUACGGCGGGUCGCGCGUGCCGGGGCGUAAGCUGGCGAAGGAGCGCCUCACGGUCGGGUUGCUCGUUAACGCGGACGGCAGUCACGCGUUCCGGCCUUUGAUCAUCUCCAAGUCCAAGCGCCCUCGCGACUUUCUUCCCGACUACGACCCAGAGGAAUUGUGCUACUGGCGUCACAACAAGAAGGGCUGGAUGAAUGCGGCGUUGUUCACUCACUUCAUCGGCCAACUCAACGCCGCCAUGGUCGCCGAGGACCGCCAGAUCGCCAUCCUCUUGGACAACGCAAGCAGCCACGUGCUGAAGGACGACGAUGCCACGUCGGAAGACCUUUUCGGCUUCCGCACUCGCAUCAUGGGCAACAUCCGGCUUGUCUUCCUGCCGCCCAACACUACCGUCUUCACGCAGCCGCUCGAUCAGGGUCUGAUCGCCACGACGAAGGCACGCUACCGUCAGCACUGGCUUCGCGCGAUCACGGCCCUGUGGCAGGAUGCCGGCGCCUUUCCCGUGAUGGCGCGUUACCGCCCCAACAUGCGCGAUGUCAUCGCAUGGCUCUCGGAGUCAUGGAUGAACAUCCCCGUGCGUACGAUUCAGAGGUGCUGGUGGCGCACGGGGUGCACGCCACGCUCGUGGGCCAUGGACCUGGCGCAUGUUGGCCUGGACGGUCUCGCCGCGGUCGGCAACGGCGUCAAUGCCGCUCUCCCCAUUGACCUCGACGAGGACAUCGGGGAUGUCGGCAUCAUGAUCGCCCGUCUUGGCCUCGGGUCUAGCGCCAUGCCGGCCGCCGCCUUCGUCGCCAUCGACGACGACCAGCCCACGUGCGCCGAGCCGGGCGAGGACCCGCUCGCCCUUGAGCCGCCGACGGGGUAUUCGGGCGCGUCAUGGGAGGCUCCAUCCAACAUGCAGGCCGUCUACGACGACGACAACCCAGAGAGCCGCGAGGCGCGGCGUUACGCACGUGCGGCGAGCGAGAUGCUCAUCGGUUACGCACGUGCCACCGGCAUCACGCCGCGCAACCUUUGCGCGCUGUUCGAGAUUAAGAACCCGGUCAUCGUCGACCGCAUGGAGCGGGCUAGCCCCCCAAUGAACCUGAACACUGCGCCGAUGCCCGAUCCCCUGCAUGCCGCGUCCCCCGCGUCCACUCCCACGCAGGCUCCUGCCGCGACCGAAGACGCGGCCACCCCUCGCCGCCGCGGGCGCGUUCUGCCUGCGUGGAUGUAUGCACCUGCUCCCACCCGCCAGCAGCUUAUUGACUCUGGCGUGAGUGCCGUCAUGAACGGCUAUGUGGAUGCGGCUGAGUGGAUGACCCUGUGA